CUGUGAGAGGAAGCAUCCCUCUCCGGCUCUCUCGGCGACCCUUGGUCACGCACACACUAGUCGUGUUGUUUAUGUAAAGCUUCCUCCCUUUUAGCUUCCUUUCCUGUCGUUCCUCCUUUGUUUCCGCAAGGCAGCCGUAGUGUUCUAGUUUUUAUACCUGAUGACGGACUUCGUGGUGAACGAGUGAUCAGUAUUGAUUCCGAGAUUUUCCCGUGGGAAAAAAAGGUUUUAAAUCACAACCCAUAAUUACAAGACUUCUGGAUUUACACUGUCACGAUGUACGAGUAGCGGAUGAGGAUUCUAGUUGAGGCAUGCCUGUGAUAAUGGGUGUGGACCAUGGAUAAUGAACAGCCGCAUCAGGAACUGGUGAAAUGUGUGGUUGUGGGAGACACAGCGGUGGGCAAGACCCGCCUUAUCUGCGCUCGGGCCUACAACAAGCAGUUCUCUCUCUCACAGCUGCUCAACACACAUGUGCCCACUGUCUUUGCCAUCGACCAGUACAGGAUAUACAAGGAGGUUUUGGAACGGUCUUGUGUGGUAGUUGACGGUGUGAAUGUCUCCCUACGAUUAUGGGACACAUUUGGGGACCAUGACAAAGACCGGCGUUUUGCCUACGGCAGGUCAGAUGUGGUGCUGCUAUGUUUCUCCGUGGCAAAUCCAGUGUCUCUGCGAAACUGCCGGGUGAUGUGGUACCCAGAGAUCCGGCGUUUCUGCCCCAACACUCCAAUCCUCCUCGUGGGUUGCAAGAAUGACCUUAGAUAUAUUUGUAAAGAUGAGCAGUACUUGAGUUAUUGUCGAGACAGGUCUCCUCUCGUCAGACCAGUCCGGGAGUGUGACUUGGUCAUGCCAUGUGAAGGAAGAGCAGUUGCACGUGAGAUUGGUGUAGAAUAUUAUGAGACAUCGGUGCUUACUUACUUUGGGGUAAAUGAGAUAUUUGACAAUGUGAUUAGAGCCGCCCUCAUAUCCCGGAGACAACAGCGCUUCUGGAUGACCAACCUCAAGCGCGUCCAGCGACCUAUGUUACAGGUGCCUUUCUGCCCGCCCAAGCCCAAGGUUCAGGAUCCUUCUACUGUUGGGAGCACAUUGCGUGAGGAUUUCCACUGUCUUCUCACAAGCGCUGCCUUCACAGACCUGGUGCUGGUUGCUGGAGGUGGACCCACGGCUGGGGGCACCAUUGUCCAUGCUCAUAGGUUUUUGGUGGCCUCUGCAUCAACUGCCUUCCAUAAGCUGCUCAUGACUGACCUCUCUGACUGUGUUACUACACGCCGCAGCUCAGAUUCGAGCAUGUUAAGUGGAACAUUUGGUGAUACCAACCUUGGGAAUUUCAACUCUGAUACUGAAUGUCUCCUUGGUAAUGAUCACAGUCUGCAACGCCCAGCAAGGUUCGUAUUAAAAGCUGUUUCCUCGUCCAGUCGCCUUCGGGAGGCUGUAAAAAGGAGAUCAAGUAUGCAGACCUUACCCCAAGAACAACACCCGGGUAUUCAUAGAGAACUUAACCAUGCAGCCUUCCAAGCCAUUAGUAUAGAACAAUGGGAUGACAGAGGUAGUGACAGAAAUUCUUCAGAUCGUAGCCCACGCCAGUCCCCAGCCUGGGUCCCAGUUCAGACAGUAGUGCAACUCAGUAAGCUAGUGAGCAAUUCUGCUUUACGUAUUAUAGUACAUUUCCUCUACACGGGCACAAUCUUCUGCCGUGAAUGCCAUCUGCCAACAGUGGAGCUUAGUGAACUGAAGCAAGCAGCAGAGUUCUUAGAAUUGCCUGAACUCCAGACAUAUGUCACCAACCUAAUGAACAAGGAGGAGUUCCUCAAUAAUGACCUCUCUCAGCAGUACCUGCAGAUGUUGUGUGGUCGACUAAAGGAGCUGUGCUUAGAAGGUGGACUCUUCUCAGAUGUCCUUUUCCAGUUAGAAGAUGGCACAGCCUCUGUACACAGACCUCUACUCAUGUCGCGCUGUGACAUGAUGCAUGCCAUGUUCUCUGGAGACUUCAGAGAAAGCAAUGCCAAAGUGAUUACCUUCCCGGGUGUAAAGCUCAGAACGUUCCAGGUCCUGUUACAGUACUUGUAUACUGACACUAUACCCACACUCAAGACCAGAGAAUGUCUUCCCAUUGUGGAGCUGGGCAACCGCUUGUGUCUUCCUCGUCUCAUAUCAUUGGUCGAAAACGAGAUCAUUGAUCUUUUUCAGCGAGUGAUACAGGCCGGCGGUGAUGUCAGUGAGGAUUGCAUCUACCUUCUUGAGCCAUUGCAGAUGCACAAUGCUCAUCAGUUAGUGGAGUGGUGUCUCACAUGUAUGGCAACAAACUACAAUCACGUCUGUAACAAGCAUGCAAAGCAACUGCGUUCACUCCACCCAGAAAAUCAAGCAUAUCUAAAUAGACAUCGAUGGCCUCCUGUCUGGUACCUCAAAGACUAUGACUAUUAUGAGAGGUGUUUAGUUGAGCGACAGCGAGAAGAAAACCCCAUCAAGCCCCUGAAAAGGUCUCGGAACACAGCUGGCUGUCUCUGCUUCACAUCCAAGAGUCGCAGGAAUGCAGAGAAACAAAACUAUCGCACAAUAAGAGCCAUGGACACCUUAAGCCUGUUGCGUGCAUCUUUGAGAAGGAUCAGGAGAUGGAGCCCUGCCAGCUAGUGGGACAGACAGGCAGGAGUCUGUCACAGCCUUCUACAAAUUCUUUUGUUACUGCUCGGCCUUUUUUUCAUCAUUAUUUAUGUUUAUUGUCUUUUUUUUUUUUUUUUUUUUUUUUUUUUUUUUUUCUUUUUACAAAAUGCUUUGGACUGUGCAUUUGGCCAAUGCUAUGUGUACUUUUUUUCUGAUAUGAUUGAAUUUUUGUACUCCUAAGUGUAUGGAGGCACGGCUUUUCAUUAUGACAAUAAACCAUAGUUUGUAUGUUAACACAGUGAUUAUCGAAUCAUUACUAAUCACAUGAGUCAUUUAACUUUAAGUAUUAGACACAAUUAAUAGCCAUGAUAGGCAUUUCUGUGUAAACCAAACCCCAAAGUACAAGUGAUUAAUCACCAAAGGUAAAAGAUUUGUCUUUUAAUCAUUAUUAUUUUUUCAUAAUGCAUUGUUGUCUUAGUAAUAUUAACUGAAUAUGGCACAUCAUAUAUCAAGUACUGUUUUGUUUUUUUACAAAUACUUUACUAAUAAUCCAAAGGGCCCAAAGACUAUGAUUUUUUUUCUUGAUUCUUGAAUUCAGAGAUAGAUGGAAAUUAGACAUAUUUUUAGGUUUUGACACUAAGGAGUAACUGAUGUUUGUGUAAAUUUGGAAGGGUUGUGAGGAAACUUUAUUGGUUUUAUUUUAACAAAUUCCGGAUUUGUACAAUACAAAGAGGUAUAGAAUGUAUUUGGUUGUAGUUGAUUAAAAGGAAUUUGGUA